AACCCUAGUCAGAUGAAUAUCACCACAGAUUUGCUGGAAGAUUUACUCGUGAGGCUUCCCUUAAAAUCACUGGGAAGAUUCAAAAGUGUGUCAAAAGAAUGGAAAUCAAUACUGGAAUCAAAGUGGUUCGUGGAGAGGCACCUGAAUUUUCAAAAAUCAAGCCGGAAAAUCCUGACCGCUUACAACUGCGACUGCGGCGUCUCACCCAAUCUUCUCCGCGAAUCUCGUUUUGAAAAGGGAGAAGUGUUCGUCUCUUUGCACUGCGACGCGACAAGACCAUCGAUGAGUUGCGACGGUUUGUUCUGCAUCCCCGAGGAAGAGUGUGUAAACGUUUUGAACCCCUCUACAGGACAACUCCAGCGAUUUCAUUCCCCUCCCCUAGUGAAAGUGAACGGCCGCACUAACUCCAAGUUUUCGAACGUUUCAGGAACAUGGACGACUUAUUUCCCCGGGUAUUAUGCGAUGGGAUUCGGUAGAGACAAGGUCAAAGGUCACUACAAGGUAGUGAGGAUAUCCGGUGAUCCUAACUAUAGCGACACUCUUGAUGUCAGCACUGGUGAAUGGCGUACACUUUGGAAACCACGUCGUUACAAGGUUGAUGUCGGACGUAAAUCAGCUUGUGUCAACGGAACAAUCUACUGGUUACGCAUCGUGAGUCAUGGUGUCAACGGAUCAGUAUACUCGGUACUAGCCUUGGAUCUCCACACGGAAAAGUUCCAUUACGUUAAAAAUCCGCAUCUUCCCAAGGGCAACAUGCAUGAAGCACAGAUUGUCAACGUUGGUGAUCGUCUAGUCAUAGCCAUGUCGGAAAGGAAUUCUUUUGGUGGAUUGGAGCUAGGGAUAUGGACUAUGGAUGCUGCUCAAGAAGAAACAUGGAGCAAGACUCACUCCAUAAAUAUAGGUAUCAAGCCAGACGUGGAGUCUAGGUCAUUUACGCCCUUUAGUGUAUGUAACCAAGGGAAUGUUGUCUUCUAUGACGACAAUAAGAGGUUGUUUAAGUAUUAUCUAGAUACAAACCAACUCCAUCCCUUCUCUUCAGACAUUUGUGCUAUAUGUCCUUACCUCGAGAGUUUGGUCCCACUUCAGCCUCAACAAGUCGAAUUCAGGACUAGAGUUACAUGCAUCCGCAGACAAACGGAUGGGACUCCAUCAAGAAGAGCUGGCGAGUUUCUCCGUAAGGGAAUAUAUGUAGGCGUAGGCGCUUGGUUAUGGAAGAACAAGUGGAUUGCUAUGUAUUUGAUCAUGUGUUGCUUCGGCACUCGUGGUGCUGUGUUUCGUGCAACUAUGCUACUAAUUGUCUGCUUGAUAUCUCGUUCUGGUUAUUUACUCUACAUCAUCGUGUUUAUACUUCUGUUGAGGAUCUAUGCUAUCGUUAUGUGUGGGGUCAUAAUGUGUUCUCUUAUUAUAGUAAACAGAAGCGAUGCAUUACUGUAUGUUAUUCGGUGCCUUUCUAAGUUCAGAGAGUUUGAUUUUGCUUAAAAACUAACAGUGUUUGUUGAAAAGUUACAUUUCAUUUUGUUA